AUGUCCGAACUACCCACCCCGCCACCAUCUCGUCCGGGAUCAGAGGCUCCUGAAACCGCGACAAAGACGGUUGAAGCCUCGGCGGAGCUGUUGCAGUCUCUAGACCUUCUACUGGAGAGCUACUUGCACCUGUUAGAUCGCCAGCAGGCAUUGCAAUCGGGGCUCUCGAAAAGCCUUGCAUCGGGGUUCCUCUCCCUGGCUCAUGCAAAUUAUACCUGUCCUCCAGGGCGCCGGUAUGGCGCGGACUAUUACGAUGAACGAAUGAAGGCCACGCGCAGAAUAUCUAUUCACACCAAGCCCGCUCAAGGUCCAUCUAACGAUUCCCCGACGGACGAAGAGCCUGUCAGCGAACUCACUGCCCGAAACCUCGGCUAUACCUUUACUGUUGGGGAGGUGAAGAAGCAAGAAGUCGAUCAAUCUUCCAGCGAGGCAGACGCAACAGAGAAAUCCUCAUUGGAAGCUUCCGAGCACGAAGCUACUGCGAACGAGCCCCCCACACAUCAAACUACCGGCGAAUCCGAGCAACCAUCAUCCGAAGACUCGCCAGAGGACGAGUCCACGGAAAAAGCAACCAAGCCUCGUCGCAAAAGGUUUCACUCCGACAACCCGCUUCACUGGUAUGGCAUUCUGGUGCCAGCAUCACUGCGCUCCGCCCAAAAGUCGUUUACGGAGGGCAUACAAACUCAGGUUCCGGAUUUGGCCGGUACAAUCGUCGAGAUGCGUGGGCUCGAGCAAAAGAUUCGCCAGGUUCGCGCGAAAAUUGGCAUUGACACAAGAGGAGACGUGGUGGAAGAGCCAUAA